UAUGGCCAGUGGUGGUGGGGCAUCUCCCAGGGUUGGCUGGGCUCAUCAUGACAGUCUAUGCUGGAGCUGGUACCAAGGGUCUCAGGAGGUACAACUGAGACCCAUGGCACAGUUGCUCUGCAAAUAUCUCCUCCAGGUGCAACAGGCACCCAGCUACAAACUGUCUUCAGCAGUACCUUAUGUUUUCCUCUCCCUUCAGCUGCAGUUACAGUUGCUUAGGCCCAGGCACCAUGAAUUAUGACAUCUUUGGAUGCAUCAAAAAUAUCAGACUUAUGGCUGUACAAGGCAGGAUCACCCUGCUUUGAAGUCCUUAUUUCUGUGAGUGAAAGUGUACUUUCAGCACUGCUUGCAUACGGGGUUUUAUCUCACAUGAAGGCAGUUCUUUCCUGGGACAGCUGAUAUAGGAUACUACUGAACAGAAGCAAAUAGUCUUAGAAAUUUGGCUCUGAUGUAGUUGGACACAACCACAACAAAAUGUAGUGCACAGCAGUGCUGGGGUACGUGUCCUCCUUGAGCGCACCCAGAAAAGGCAGCAGAGCAAGAGCAGCAUCAGUCCGGGGUGGGUGGACAGGGCCAGUGUGUGGCUGGCUCCACUCUGCUGCUCCCCCUCACCUCGGGGUGUGAUGCCACUGUGUGCAGGAUAAUGGGAGCCUGUGGGCUGGAGACCAUGUCUGUGCAGAAUGGGCAGAAGUGAGAUGCCAUCUCUGCCAGAGCAGAAUCUUGCAGCGUUUGCACAGAAAUCACAGUACUGAGGUGGGCACACAGCGCUUAACACAUGGCUUCCUACCUUCUGCCCUGUGGAGGCCCUCAGGGUGCCAGGGCUGUGCUGAAGUGUGGGGCAGCCAGCUGGUCUCACCUGAGAUUUCUCUCCAUGCAUGAGCUUUCUCUCCAUUAAUGUAUGGGAUCUUGCCCACACGUGACUGAUGGUCUCCAUGAGGAAGUCAGAGUCUCUUGAGGGUGACUGCACCAAAAUCAGCACAUCUGCAAGGUUGGCAUCAUGCUCAACUUGAAAGUCCCUUGGUGUCCAUGGAAUUGCUGAGGUUGGGUUGUCUGUCACCCACCGCCUACACACAGCCACUUCUUCCCCUCUCUCCACCUUGCUUGUCCUGCUGGGCAGGGGUGCUGGAUUAGAAGGUGAAUCGAGUCCCCUCAGCUUUGGUGACAGUGUGUCAUGUUGAUCAUGAUUCAUUCAUUCUUCCCUCCUUAUUGUGAAGAUCAUGCAUUCCUUUCUGGUAAGCCAGGUCUCCCUGAGGAGCCAAAAAAAAUGGCAAGUACAUCAAACAAUGCAAAAGGAAAAAGCCACCUGCCUGCCCUGGGCUACUCCAAGGUUGUGAGUUUUGCCUGCAGCCACCAGGUGCAGAAGGCUGUCUGCUCUAUCUUGUUUCUUUUCUUUCCUAUCUCCCAGUUUGUCCUCUCUUGUAGUAUGUAGGCCACAGUGAAAACAUCAGUCCUAGCUGUUCCUGUUCACUUGAGGGAGUGUGUUAGCAUAUAGAUGAAGAAGAUCUGAGAGUAAAUUAUCCCUUGGGAUGUCAAGGUUGCUCUAUGGUCAGACCAGCAACAGCACCUCUUAGACUCACUCAGCUUCUACCUUGGCACAUUCUGACCUGCCAGGUUCUCUGCUUUCCUGGGGAACAUGCCCAAGUAUCUGAACCCUGCCCAGGGCAUGCAGCCAACAGGGCCCGCACAGGAUCGCUGUGCAGUGCCUGAUCCUAAGGCAGGGUGCUCAUCGUGGUGGGUACAUGUGGCCACAAAUGAGACAGAGUGGCGGGCUGGGUGCUAUGUUUGCUCACAGCCCUGUGGGAUCUCCAGCUGAGGCACAGCUCCUGAUGGUGCUCAUGGCAGAUUUUCAUGGUUCCUGUGCAAUAGCCACAUGCCCUCAUCAGAGCCUGGGAGAGAAAGGAGCCAGCGUAAGGCCCAUUGAUCGCCCAGGUGGUGCUGGAGCCACAACCUAAAGAUGCUGUGUGGCAGAAGCCACAGGCCUUUCUUUGGCACCAGUUUUAAACUACGAGAGUUAGAAUUAGAUAACGUAUUAGGAGGAAAUUAUUUACUGUGAGGAUGGUGAGGCACUGGAACAGGCUGCCCAGAGAGGCUGUGUAUUACCCCAUCACUGGCAAUAUUCAAGGCCAGGUUGGAUGGGGCUUUGGGAACCUGAUCUAGUGAAAGCUGCCCCUGCCCGUGGCAGCAGUGUUGGAACUGUAUGGUCCCUAAUGUCCCUUCCAACUCCAACCACUUCAUGAUUCAGGGAUUUCUUAUUCCUCUCCCUGUGGAAGCCCUUCCAUUAUCAAUUGUUUAUCCUCCCUUCUCUCUCCUCUAAUCUUAUUUUACCUUUUCUCUCUCUGCUUCCCUCUGCCCUCUGUUUCUCCUUGUUCAUUAUCAGCUUUUAGGUUUCCAUUUCAGGUGCAAUGGCUCCAAACAUUCAACCUGACACCCCUGUAUAGGGCAUUGGCAGUCCAGCUCUCCUUGGCACAGAUUAAUUUUCCUAGUUUGAGCAGGGAAUGCAUAGCAAGCCACACUCCCCUCGGGCUGCUGUAUACAGUGGUCCUGUGGGAGGUCAGUCUCUCUCACCCUACUGAAGUAAUGCUGGCUCUGUCCUGCAGGCCUGUGCCUUGGGGAUCCCCUGCUGUGGGCUGAGCCAGCCUAGGGUAGCCACAGGAGCCCUGCGGUGAGCUCUGCAGUACUGUGCCCACAGCUCUGCCCUUCAUGUGUGUGCCAUGUACCCUAGGAUGGCUGGGAAGGCUGCUGGGCUUCCUCAUCAGUACAAAUGCUCGUUGCUGCUUUCCUCCCGCUCUGUUGUUCUGGGUUAUUUUCAGCCUUCCAUUUCAGAAGUGGCUGAGUUUUAACAGUGCGUUGUCCUUGGAGCUUGUGAUAUCUUUAGGUAUCUUGCAGGACAAACACAUGAAUGUACCAAGUAUAUGCAGAAACAGUGAUCUAACAUCCUCCCCUGCACAGCAGCACAGAUGCAUUUUGUGUUGUAUCACAUACUCACUGUGUCCUUGCUGCAGGAUGCUCUGUAGCCUUCACCUGGUCCUUGCUGCAGUCCCUUCAGCUAUCUCAGCUGCCAAGCCCAUGGUCUUUUACAUUUUAUAGGUAACCUCUUACAGGUUACUUUUCUGAACUGCCUCAUCUCACCAGAAACCUCUGCUAAAUAAUUGAUUCUGUGAGUGAAUCUGGGCAGCAGCAUCUAGUAGGAAAGGGAAAGGGCCUUUCUGAUUCUGAAGGUGGCUUCUCUUCUUGCUUAUGGUACUUCUUGCUCAGUCUGAUGUAGUAUUAGGGCAUGUGAAUGAAACUAAAAGUAAAGCUGGUCAAAUAAAGACCACUGCUUACAACAAAAUCUCACGCUUUGCUAUCAUAGAAACUGCUAGAGCCAAUAGUAAAAUGGGGAGUCAAAGUUUGGUUUAACUCACUGUGCUUUCUUGCCUCGUGGAGACUGUCCUGACAGCUCUCAGUUUAUUGCUCCCACUUCUUUAUUUCCAAAAAAGUAACAGAUUUUGCAGAUAUGUUGGUAGGUCAUCACCCAGAACAGAAUGUGGUCCCAGGCCCUGUAGAGGAUAGAGGGUCUCUGUUAUCUUCAUGGCACCAUCCCCUUUUAUUUCAGUCCCUUCCUUUCAUCAGCAAGUUGCCAGGCUCUUCACAUAGAGACUGCCUCAACUCUUGCAUGUAUAAUAAUAGUAAUUGGUCAACUCCAUCUAAGGCAGAUCAGCUUUCUGUGACUCAUGAAAGCAAUCACCAGCUGUUAGGUAAAGUAUGUUUGAUGCUAACUCUUCUUGCUCCAAUUGCAAUGCAGGGCUCGGAGCAUUGGGUAUUUAUAGAAAGAGAAACUUCUAGGCUGGAAGAGGUAGCUCUAAAGAAAGCUCUGAGAGUCAAGAAAGAAGAAGGACGUGCAGGUACUUCAGAGGUGAAAAUGAGUGUGAGCGUGUCCAAAGUGGAGAUGUCAGUAGGGAAAGCCAAGGAACUGGCAGGCCAGGAAGAAGCAGCAGAUGCAGAUCUGGAUACCUGGAAGAGAGCAAAAAUGAUUGCUAGUCCUGAAGAUUUUGAGUCUGUCUGGGAGGAUGAGACCUAUGAGAAGGAAACUGGGGAGGAGCCCAGCACAGAGGCAAUGUGCUUGCCACGUGAGAGAGCAGAGGAGGAGUCUAAAGAGAGGGUUGAGAGAGUAACCACAAGUGAACUGGGUCUGUCCAGGCCACAUCAGAAGCCUGAAGAGAGGCAAAGGGCUGAGGUUUUGGGGCCAGGCCCUCUCCAGGGAGAAAGCGAAAUGGUCUCUGAGGAGCGUGUUUCUGCAGCCUCCAGGAAGCAGGAUGCCACAGUGCCAACUGCAACCACAGAGAUCAUUAAAAUUAAAGUGAAGUCUAGUGACGACAACACAGAGACUUCUGCUACACAGAGGAUCAUCUACUUAGGAGAUCUGGAGGGAGAGGAGAAGGACAAUAGAACACAUCUGAUCACAGAGGCAGGAGGACAGCUUGGCUCAGCAGUGAGGCAAGAAACCAUGGUGAAUAGGCCAGGGGAAGAACCAAGGCCCACAGCAUGUUUGGGAGAAAGGUCCCAGUACAGUUCCUCAGUGUAUGAACAACAGGAAGCAGUGCCAGAAAAACCUUCUGUAGUGCCAGAGCAGCCUGAGACAGGCUGUGAUGAGACAAGCCCUGUAGGACAUCCUCCCUCAGAGCAGGAGGAAGGUUUUUCAGUUCAGCAAGAGCAAGCAUCAGUGAGUCUGACUGGCUGCAAAACACUGGAGAAAGAUGAAGCCAUGUUGUGUUCCCAAGAGGUGGGGUCAGAUGAAAAGGAUCUGCAAAGGUUACUAAGAGGAUUGAAGCCAUGUGCCCUCAAGAGGGCUGAGGACCCCAGACAGAGCCCAGGACAGAACUCAACUGCAGGAGAGCAAUGGGGCAUGGAUAUCUCCACAGAAGAGUGGGGGUUCUCAGGAAGAAGCCUACCUGGUGGGGCUGAGGAGAAAAGCUCCACAAUGGUUCUACAGAUGGAAGAGAUAGAGACAAAAUUACCCCCAUCAGCUGUGCCUCAGCAGAGCUGCCCUCAUGCCACUGUGGGGCUGGAGGAGGAUGAACCCAGCACUCCCUCCCCUGGCACCCUUCCUCAGCAGUUGGGCCCUGUAGAGCCAGCCCAGGACAUGAAACCCAAGGGCAAGGACCUGUCCCAGAGUACCAGCCUUGUAGGAGGUGUGGGCACACCUGAUGACAUGAACCCCUCAACAGAGGUGGCAUGCAAGGAGGCAAGUCCUGCAGUAGGUAAAGGAGCACUCAAGGGCACAAGCCCUGUAACAGAGAUGGAAAUACACAGGGAUUUGAGUCCUGAAUCUGUAGAAAAGAAACAAGACAUACGCUUUGCUACAAGGAAAACACACGAAGAUGCAAAUCCAAUUGCAGGAGGACCACGCCAAAGCAAAGGCAGUGCAGCAGAGACAGUCCUGCUCAGAGAUCCUGCCACAAUGGAAGUGGUCCAGGACUCGGAUCCUGCCGCAGCAAGGGGAACCCUGAGAGCCACAGAAGAGACACUCCAGGAGGAACAGCCCAUGAUAAAAGGGCUCUCUCAGAACAUAGGACCGAUGUUGGGAAAGCUUAUGGGAGAUGAAGGCAUAGAACAGCUGCUUCCCACAGCAGAAGAACCAGAACAAAAGACUGAGACUAUAAUAGAACACCUGCUCCAAAAGGGUCCUAAGUCUGGAGGGUUACUCCGCACUGCAGAUACCAAAGCACAAGAGCCAGCCUGUGACUUGGAGUUUAAUGCGGGACAAGCUCUGCAAGGCAGGCGCUCUAUGGCAGGAGAAACCGCUAGAGACAGUGACCUUGCUCUGGAGCAGUCACUGCAGUCUCCAGGAGAUGCUGUCUUGCAUUCCCAUUCCCCUCUAACAGGAUUAUGUCGAGGCAACAAGUUGUACCAGCUCUCAACCUUUAUGUACGAAGGUGGGGAAGACGUGCAAGUGAGCAGUGGAAUACAGAAGAGAGAGUCUGGGCCAUCGAUGUGUAUUGCUGUGAGGACAGAAGCUGUGUGCCAGGAACACAGAGGCAUCACUGAAGCCCCACUUCUGGGUAGCUGGCAGGACAGCGAGAGCUACAAGAAAACCUCAGUGGCGUCUAAGAUUAAGAUGUUUGAGCAAAGUGAAGCUAAACAAAGGACAGUCCAAGAGGGACAAGAGCAUGCACCUGAAACUGAGACACCAGCAAAAGCAAAGGCAAAGAUAAAUCUGUCACAGGACACACUUUUGAACAUGGGCCCUAUCUCACCUCCAGCGAUGGCAGGUGCUCCAGUGGGAUCCAUGUCCAGUGUGGACUCCUUUGCCUUCAGGCAAGGAGCUGGUCCAGGAGACUCCUUCCAGCUCCUGUCUCUAAAGGAAGAUGUUUCUGUUGAUCUGGAGCAUGAAGAAGAUAGUGCUGACCUGGCUUCCUCUGACUCCGGCUGUGAACUCACACUGGCAGAAGCCGUGAGCAAAUCUCAGGAACCAAGUGGGGAAGAAAAGGAUUUAUCUGACCCGUCAUUAAAAUCCACCCUGAAAGAAGAGAAUUUAAAGACUGCUGUUCCAGUGGUCUUAAAGAGAGCAGGCUUGAGGGAGGGCACCGAGGAGAAAGCUAAGCCACCUCGGCACAGGGCUCCCGAGAGCGACACUGGCGAUGAGGAGCAGGACCAAGAAAAGGACUCGGUGUUUCUGAAGGACAACCACCUGGCCAUUGAGCGCAAGUGCUCCAGCAUCACGGUCAGUUCAACUUCCAGCUUGGAAGCAGAGGUGGACUUCACAGUGAUCGGUGACUUCCAUGGGACAGCCUUUGAGGAUAUCUCCCGGAGCCUGCCCGAGCUGGACAAGGACAAGAGUGAGAUGGAAGACGAAGGCCUGGUUUCCUUCCAGCAUACUGACAAAGUAGUUCCUGGAUUGGAAGAGGAUGGCAAAGCCAAGCAGAAGGUCGCCCAGCCCAGCCCAGACAUCUCUCAGCUAGAGUCACCAGCCCCAAAAAUGGAUGCUGUAAUGGUCGGCCUGGGGCCAGGCACAAAGAAGCCCGAAGACGUCUCUGCUCUCCACCAGAUCAACACCCUAGAAGCAGCCCAGGUGGAAGGAGGCAUGCCUGGCAGCGGAGAUGCAUCAGCCUCUGUUCAUGCUGUCACCACAGAGACCACACCAACAACCUCAGAUAACACCACCAAGCCUGGGAAGGGGGCUGGCCCCACAACAGAGCUUCGCUCUGUGUCACCGAUCACCGGCAGCUCUGCUGGGAAGGAAGUGCUCACCAGCAUAUUCAGUGCCACUGCAGAAACCCUCUCCACUUCCACCACUACCCAUGUUACCAAGACUGUGAAAGGAGGAUUUUCAGAGACCAGGAUAGAGAAGCGCAUAAUUAUCACGGGAGAUGAAGACGUGGACCAGGACCAGGCACUGGCUUUAGCAAUCAAAGAGGCAAAACUACAGCAUCCUGACAUGCUGGUAACCAAAGCUGUGGUAUACAGAGAAACAGAACCUUCUCCAGAGGAAAGGGACAAGAAACCUCAGGAAUCUUGACCAACAUGCUUAUGAAGUCAGCAUCUGUAUUCAGACCUGGAGGACAGUGAAGAAGGAGCCUUCAUGCUGGAUCUGUCAGCAAAACAUAGACAUCCUGGCUGCAAUGUUCACGGCUAGAGACAAAAAGUUUUUAAAAAAGGAAUAGCAAAUAUAUAUAUAUACAUACAUACAUAUAUAUAUAUAUAAAACAGGAAACAAAACGCAUCCUUGCACUGCUGCUAUAUGCUGGAAAUGAAUAGCAAACAACACCACCAACAAAACAAAAAAACAACCCUCUGCAGAAAAAUUGAAGAAUUUACUGGAUUGGUGAUAAAAUAAGAUUUUAAAAAUAAUAAUAAUAACGAUAAUACAAUAAGCCACCAUCCUGCAUGUUACAUUAAAGGAUACACAAUCAUGAGUUCAUUUGUUGCACAUUGAAUGGAAACAAAAACUGCUUUGCAACAAAGCAAGAAAUAAGCAAACUGAAAUAAAACAAACACAAGCAGAAACAAAACCAUUCCCCACCUCUGGAAGGAAGAGAGAAAAACACUGAGUUUAUUACUUUAAAGUUAUUUUCCAAUUUGAAAGUGUGGUUUCACCCUUCUCCUCAUUUCAUGCUGGUUCUUUUGCAUCUUUUGUGGUUCUGUUAACUCUUCCCCUUCUGUUCCUUAUCUUCUUCUCUGUGCACUUGUCUAACCUCUUGUUCUCUGAAGGUAUUUAAGAAUGGAAUUCAUUUCAAACAAAACAAAUGAUAUGUAUAUGGUUUUUCAUUUAUAAAAAUGCAGCCUGUAGGGGUUUCAUAUGGAUGUGCAUUUAAGUUAUGUAUAUUAUUAUUAUAUAACAAGGGGGGGAGGGGAAGAAUACUGAAAUAAUUCAACAGUGCUGGUAAAAAUGAUGACAUUUUUAAAUUAUUAACUUUGAUUGACUGUGGUUGGUGUAUUUUGAGACUCUUAGAUCAGAAUGGGACUCUUCGUCCUGCGAGAAGAGAACGGGGAAGGAAUCAGCCACUGCUGUUUUGGGGGAGAAGGGCAGGGGGAGAGGUGGGGGCCGUCCUGUUGGCUGAUCAGUGUGCAGCAGGAGGUCUGGGUUUGCUGUUCAGUAUGGGUUGUUUGGAAGUGGUCUGUCAGUGAUGAAUUGGAAGGGUGCGGAAGGAAGUUCAGGCUGUUCCUGCAGCCCUAGGUAGGGUCCUCUCCCUGGUCCCCCCCCAAAGGCAUCAGAGUCAGCUGGAAACAAGGUGACAGCUGCAGGGUUCAUUGCUCCUCUCCAGCUCACUGAGCUGUGAUGAUUGUUGGGUUGUUCUGGAUUGUUUCUGGAUCCCAGUAAUGGAGUUACUCGAGUUUUGUAGUAGAGUUGGAGGCAGAGCCAUUGUUUCUGCCCUGCUUCCCGCUGCCCGAGGUUCGAUGGAAAGGCUGCCUGAGGCACGGCGUGUUGGUGGUGGUGCUGGAGGGCGAUGGGAGGUAGUGACAGGAUGAUGACGGUCCUGCCCCAGCCUUGCCUCCAGGUGCUGCCCAAAGGCAUGGAGUGGAGAGAUCGCAUUGUCCCCAACACUGAAGGGCAUCCCAAGUGCACAAGGCUAGGUGGCAGAGCCCAGGCCCUCUAUGUAAGGACGCACUUGUCAAGGUGGUGUCAGUGAUGCUGUCUGCCCCUCAGCUCCUGACAGCUUGGCCUUUAGAGACAGGCCUCCUCUACAGCUGCCUUUGGAAGGCGAUAACAGGCUAAGCCCAGGGCCUUGCACACUGUGAACCAGGUGGUUAAGGUAGACUUGGAGCAAAAAUCAGAAAGGAAAGGAAAUAAACAGGGUUUCCUUUUUUUUUUUUUUGGAAUUCUCUCUAUCUUCUGCAGAAACAGAAGGGGCCACAAUUCUGCACCAUUUUGCCUUUAGUCUCCCACCUUUCACAGAGACUGUGCCCAGAGACAGGUGCAUUUAACCAGUCCUGCAAUGGAUUUGAGGAUGACAGUGAGAAGGAAGAGCCUGAGCCAUUAGGAUGCUGUGGGCAGACCACACUCACCAGGUCUUCUGUCCUGGUCUCUGGCAGCCUUGGUUUACCAGCUGCUUGCUGUGAUGUCCCUGUGAAGUCUGUUCUCCUUCUGGUCUAUAGGUUUCCCCUGCAAGCAUGGAAGACCUGAGCACAGGCUGCUUGGGCAGGGGACAGCUGCUGCCUGAUGCCAGUGCUGUCAUGUUCCUGGAGAAGUUGGUGGUGGUGGCUCUCCCCCAGCUUCCGUCUGAGUGUGGUAACCUGCUUGUGACCUGCUGCUUUUAGAGAUGAGACCCCAAACCAGAAAGAGUGAAGGGAGUUGCAAAGAGGCUACUUUUCUCUCUUUCCUUCUUAAAUGCACCCAAACUAGCUGUCAGUAGCAGUUGCACUUUCAGAGACACCGGGUGACAGAGGACCUGCUCUCAGUGCCUGUGCAGGGCAUCCAGCCCUUCUCACCUAUUAGCAAUGGCCGGCACACUGCACUUGUUGUUCUUUGGCACACUGUAGUUCAUACUCAGAGGAGCUCACAUGGCCUUGAUACCCUUACAGCCAACCAGUGCUACUCUGAAGCUAGAUACCUGCUUUUGGCAUCACAUGCACAGUGAUCGAAAUAAAGGUUACUGUUCAAACUAGUGGCCUUACACAGUUAGAGUUGACUUGAGUGCAGACAGACAAGUGAUGUUUGGAGUGAGUGGACCCCAUUCCGUGGUUUCUGCAGCUUGUUUAAUGGGUGACGAUGUUUAAAAACUAAAUUAAAAAACAAUAACAACAAUUAAAAAAGCACCAACAAACAAAUCGGACAAAACCAGACCAAACACAGCGAGCUCGCUGCUGAGCUCGGGCAGCUCAGCACCCUGUGUUUUCUUCCAGGGGCCUUUCUGCUGAAAGGGGCGGGAGACAUGAGUGCCUGUUUUUACCUGAUCCCACAAAUUUCUUCCAAACCUGGCCUGCAAUUGCAUGAGUAAUAAUAACAGUAACAAUAACAAUAGUAUUUAUAUUUGAAAAGCACCUUACCAACCAACUGCAGUGCUCUGUUGUUCCUUCACUAACUCCCCUUUUCCCUUGUUCUUCUUCUCCCCUCUCUAGUCAUGCUCCUUUUCAGUGCUCGGUGGUGUACACGUGUGUGCUCACUGUUCUUGUAUUCAAUAAAAGUGAAAUAAAUGUGUUUGAGGCUA